GACGAGCGACAACGCCAUGUCGUGGAGCAAUUACGGGUUGUCGUACAGAAACUUCGACGUAUUCCGACACCUCAUAGCAAUGCGAUAUGUUCGGCAGCUGGUGGUCCGGUGAUAGACGAGCGGCUCGACUUAUGGAGAGAGUGUGGCCCAUUUGAAAAUGAGCCAGACAUGAGGCGUUGUCUUCGCUACCCUGGACCAGGUCAAGGUGCCGUAAUAAAAGCGCCUGACGUCAAGAUUCGCUUUACCCAUGGUGACUUCGCACCCAAAAACAUCAUGGUCGAUCCUCGCACGGGCGCGAUAAUCGCCAUCGUCGACUGGGAGCAGUCAGAAUGGUUCCCCGAUUACUGGGAA